AUGCCUACACUAGUCAGUGCUCAUGAAAAAUUUGAAGAGAAAAGAUCAAGUACUGCUUCAGCUAUGAAUGCCCUGGCUCAUUCCAAGAAUAUGGAGAUAUGGUUAUUCUUAAAAAACAAACCAGAUCGUGACGAUGAAGAUGAUGAAGCUUAUAAUAUGUUGAGGAAGAACCUGUUUGGAACUUGGUGGUGGCCGACCGAUCUCAUCCUCCUCUCCUUUUUUUCUUCUUUGUUUCGGUUCCAAAACAAAAAACCUCCCCCCUUCAACUUCGGUUUUGAGCUCUCCUUCCCCAAGAACUCUCCCUCAUCAAGAGUUCUAAAGCUUUUAAACCCAUCCUCUUCAAGGCCUUCAACCCUUUCUUCUUCAAAGCCUUCUUCCUCUCCAAGGUUUUCAAGCAAGGCAAGGAGGAUUUUGAUCUUCAUUGACAGCAAAGUUUCCUCUUCAAAGAUUCUUCAAGCUUUGGUUAGCUAUGGCGAUGAGGAAGUCACGUACCGCGAGGGGUCGUUCUGUUACCUAGUCACCCGAGCCCGAACCUUUCAGUUGCACUGGUUAGCUAUGGCGACAAGGAAGUCACGUACCGUGAGGGGUCGUUCUGCUACCCAGUCACCCGAGCCCGAACCUUUCAGUUGCACUGGUAUAAUGUUAUCAUUUCUCUUAUUUACGACUUUAACAUUAACAUUGCAUCUUGCAUCCCCGCUUUGUUCUCCUUGGUGAGGCUAUUGGGAAGAGCCGUCAUCCUCCUUCGUGGGCGUGGCCGCUUCAUAUCUGUGUUUCGCUUGAUCAAAACACACUUAAAAUUAAUUUAGGGCGAUUUCACCGGUAUAGAGCCGUCAUUCUCCUUCGUGGGCGUGGCCGCCUCAUAUCCGUGUUUCGCUUGAUCAAAACACACUUAAAAUUAAUUUGCGGUGAUUUUACCGGUAUAGAGCCGUCAUUCUCCUUCGUGGGCGUGGCCGCUUCAUAUCCGUGUUUCGCUUGAUCAAAACACACUUAAAAUUAAUUUAGGGUGAUUUUACCGGUAUAGAGCCGUCAUUCUCCUUCGUGGGCGUGGCCGCUUCAUAUCUGUGUUUCGCCUUAUCAAAACACACUUAAAAUUAAUUUAGGGCGACUUCACCGGUAUAGAGCCGUCAUUCUCCUUCGUGGGCGUGGCCGCUUCAUAUCUGUGUUUCGCUUGGUCAAAGCAUGCUUAAAUUACCAAGCACUUUUUCUUCUUCUUUUUUUUUUUGGAAACCCACAUGGAUGUAUUAUGCCUUCGGGCACCGUUUGGAAACCCACAUGGAUAUAUUCAAGAAUUUUUCGAUGCCUUCGGGCACCGUUUGGGUUGUUCUUGACGUCGGUUUGGACUUUGGCCUCUAGACUCGGCGUGAUCUUGGUGGCUUCUUUAUCACUUCUUCUUGUUCCAACUUCUGCGCUUCUUGCAUCAAAGUUCGCGCAUGCGCGAGUAACGCGCGGCGUUUCUGGAUCCUUUCUUUAAGAGUUGAGCGCGUCCUUUUGACGUGGAUUCAUUCAUUCGUGGUUGAGUUGGAGGAGUUAGCCACACGUUGUUGCGACGUUUGGCGCCUCCUGAACUUCAGAUCCGCUUCAUAGCGAAUUCCAUCAAUCAGUUCUAAGGCCUUGGCCAUUUGGCGCGCAAGGCGUUGUCGCCGUCUCUGUCGUG